AGGGGCCUCCUUAUCUGGUUGCUCAGCCGCCGGUGAAGACGGCUGGCUUUGUCAGACAGUCUGGCACCAGAAUGUCACGCGCAGCACUCGCUUGGCUCUUUCUCGCGGGUGCGGCACUUGGUUCGCCAUCUUGCCACAUCUCGAGUCGCAACACGACGGCGUCGGUGACGUGCGCGGACUUUGGUAGUGCCAUGGACUUUGAGCACUACAUCCAACGCCCCUUGUCGCGUCCCACUCUCUCGUUUGUGUUGCGGGACAGUCGGCUAGACCGGCUUCCCGCUGGUGCGUUUAUAGAUGUCAGCGCUACUUCACUCGAGCUCAGCAAUGUUACCGUUGAGACGUUCGAGUUCGCCGAAGAGGACAAUCCAUUCGCUGGCCUCCGCACAUCCGUUGAGAACAUGACCUUCAGCGACAACAGCACCCUGCCCCCUUCGUGGGCCAUACUUGCCGACAUGGAGAGUCUGCGCUCCCUCACCAUUGUCGAUGCGGUUCUCAACUUGACAAGUGAUUUUGGUGCACUGCCCGCUGGAAUGCUUCACGUGACCGUCGAAUCUGCCGUCGUAAGUUUCCUGGAUGACUGGUGGCUGGCGCAACUCACCAACCUGGAGAGCGUCACGCUGCGCAACACUGAUGUUUCGCAGCUAAAACGGUCCAUCAUGGCACGGCCCGCGGUGGCGCUUCGGAACCUUGACCUGUCCCGAAACCGUCUGACGGCACUGCCUCGCGACUUCGGGGAGGAGCUGCCAGCCCUGCGCAUCCUCGACCUGUCACACAACCGUAUCACCAGCUUGCUCGAGGUGAGCCUGCUGCCUCUGCAGGCCAGUGUCAUGAGCGCCAGCCUAGACGGAAACCCGUUCAAGUGUGACUGCCAGCUGCGGUUUCUGCUGAGCUUCCCAGAUAUAUGGCGCCAUGCCGAGUGCGCCGAGCCCGAGGUGCUGCGCAACACGUCGCUUAGCAGUGUGGCGGAGCAGGACCUCCAGUGUGCUGACAGUGCAUAAAUGGUGGCUAGUGCAGCCACAGGCUGGCUUUCACUUUUUUUAUUCUCCCAUUAGAGCUUUGAAUGCAUGCUUCAUAAAAUGUUUUGUUCGUUGUGCCACUAUUUUUUGCGCCACAUUUGCCACGAUAACUAGUGUCAUCAACGGCGUUGUAUUCUUCGUAGUCUGCACUGGCUCCCGGACAAGACCAGCAUUUCAAAACACCAUGAUCAGCCUGACUACGCCCGCUGCUGGGCCUGUCCCAUGUUUCGUCAGUCGGUCCUGUGCCUGCUGCUGCCACUUAAUACUUUCGUCAUCUCAUCUCCCCACCUAACUUUCUGUCUCCCCCUUACCCGCUUGGAGUCCAGUCUGUGAUCUCUAAUGACUUGCGGUUAUCCUUAUUUCGCGCUACGUGCCCUUUUCUUCUUCUUGAUUUUGACUAUGACGUCCCUAACACCUGUUAGUUCUCUGCUCUCUCCUUGUCCCUCAGUGAACGCCAGACCAAGUAUUUCAAGCAAGUCCCUUGUCACACAGGCAAGCUAAGCGCACUUACGGCCAAUCACGGUUAAUUGCGUUGAAGCGCCAACCACAGUGUUACACAGCUACUAGAAAGCUGCAAACGCAUGUUGCAAUUCCAGCGACAGAAAAACGCCUCGCUCCCUCGCAGCAUCGAGGGUGGACGCCGCCAUUUCCUAAGUUAUCGGCCUAAUUAAGUUUGCCAAGCUCGGUUUCAUAAAAUCACGGUUAGCGGGAAAACCGCGGUUUCGUGUGCCGUGUAACAUCAGCAAACCAUGGUUAACGUGACCGCAGUUAGCAUAACCAUGAUUUAGGCUGCUUGUGUAUCAAGGGUAUAACUGAAACGCCAGGUGCGAGAGCACGAAAAAAAAAUCGCCUCUUUACGCUUCAAAUAUGCCCCUUCUUGUGCGGCAUUAUUUUCAUCUGUGACAGGUGCCAAUGAAGGUAUACCGCGGUAUCACUGUUUCCCAAACAACAAGCAUGUCAACUUCCUAAAAUACAUGCUUUCAGGACUUUGCUAAUCCCAAUAGUGAAACAAGCUUAUUACAUAUAGUCCUCCCGGAUGAUAUAAAUACGAGUAAAUAUGGGCCAUUUUCUUAGUCUGCCUCUCCCAUCCCUGUGAGAAACACAGGAGGCCCCUUCUUACACAACAAUACUGCGGACAUUGAUCGGCUAACUUACACUGACUUGUACAGCACCCGGGUGAGGCAAAGCAACAUGAGCCCGCGUUCUACUGAGGAUGGUUGAGUAUAGUUUUAGAGAAUGUGAGCGCCAAUAUGAGACCAAAUAUGUCUAUCAAGACGCUUUAACAGAGAUUUUGGUAAUUCUGUGUCCGUUCAACAUGCUUAUAAGCAUCCCAACAAACCUGACUUCGCGGGAACCAAAGACAGAAUAAAUUGUAGUGAGUUUUCCUGUCCUUCAAGCAUGAAAGUUUUAAUCGAAAUUAUUGGUCGGAAACCUGGCAUUGCAAUUGCGGCCACGGUAGAACGAACCUUCAGCAUUCGUUUGUUCCCGCCAUGCAUUAUCGUAAGUGGUGGAACGCAGAGUGAUUAAAGGACCUGAAAAAACACUUUCAAACUUUGAUGUUUUCGACAAUUUGUUCAACCUGUAUAGGUCGUAUAGUACUCACAAAUUUGAAGCUACUAUUUGAAUGAUGAUUAGGGUAUUGUCAUACGCAUUAAUGUAGCUUGUCAAGACCCUCGCUCAUGAGUUGAAAUAUUUCAAGAACGUAAGGACAAGCGACGAACAGAAGAGGUGUGCGGACAAGCGGUUCACCAUGCCUACAGUGACGCACUGUCGUUCAAGAUGUGCAGCCUUCUUGGCGUCGAUGGUUAGAUUGAGUAGACCGAGUUUUCAAUACGCAGGAGGAAAGAAAGCAUUCUGCACCCUCAUGACUUUCAAGCCACGUGUUCACAAGAUCAACGUGCUUUCCCUGUUGCAAACACCAGCGCCGUGCCCGAUUUCGGGCCCAGUAUCGUGCUGGUACUGGGACGCUGGCUAAAGAGGCAGCGUUCCAGUAACAGUGCUAGGAAGCGCCGGGUACUCUGCGCAAAAUGGCUUCACAGGGUUAAAACAGGGGUGCCCAUUCACCAUAAAUAAAUAAUUAUAAAAGCAAAAAGAUGUGAUAUUGCGCACAUUCACUAUAAAAAUAAAAAAUAAAAUGGCUAGCAACAGGAUUCUAACUUGUCAUUUUCGAUUUUCUAUCCGAGUUCUCUGCCCACAAUAAAGAAAAACAAUAAAGAAAAAAAACUACGCCACGUCCAAAUACGUUGAUACGAAAAAUACCCCGUCACACGCUACAUAAAUGUGCACGCUGCGUUGGUAGAAACAGUGCGUGCCUCAUUAUUCACAAGCGCUUGCCAAUGAAAGUUGCAGCGCUUCCCAGUGUGCACCAGCAUCACAGCGGUCAAACCAGUGGCCCUGCCAGUGCGGCACAGCUUUUUCCCGGUGCGCUCGGCGAAGUACCAGUAAAUACCAGUGUGUACGUGUGCCAAAAAAACGUAUUGGCAUUACGCUGGGGAUGCCGUUUUUGCAAUGGGAGUGGAAUGUCGUUUCGAUGGAAGAAGCAAUCACAACAUGAAAACGUAAUUACUGUUCAUUCGACUAGCAGAAAUAUCGGGCGAGCAUUUCGCCGCUAUGCUAGUCUGAGGUAGCUAAUUUAUACUGACGAUCUUCCAAGCUAGGCAGCUUGGUCAAGGUAAUUGUCACCAGGUAGCGUAACUUUCGGAGAAGCCCUUGUAUACAUUAGCUGGCGACUUGUAUGAAAAGGACCACUACCAGCUAACAAAAAUAAAUUAAACAUGACGCCAUAGCCGGAAGCGAUAGCAGCAUCGUGCAUUUGCGCAGCAUGGCGUGAAAGGGAUAUUUUUUCUUCAAUGGUGAUCACCAAUUAGGAAAAAUAUCACUUUCGCUUCAUGUAGUACAAACGCACGAUGCUGCGACCAUUUACAUUUUAAUACCUUUAUAAAUACGUCAUUUUCACUGUGCUAUAUGGUUUCCCAAUGCGUGCCCGAGAGAACAGAAAGAUCAACAAGAAAGAUUAAACAACAAAAGCUGUUUUAUUAGCGAAGAGGCGCACUUGCAAUAUAACGAAUAACUUCACCGUUGAUAUUGUGACGCAACUGUUCACGAGCACAAAUGCAUAACAGUUCAAAGACUAACGUUGCCCAAUCACGUAAAAUUGCUGCAGCGAGACAGGAGCCUUGAGAAUAUCAGUUUGGCAACCGUAGAUUACAGUGUAUCGUUGCUCAGCGUGUCGCAUUCGCCAUCACCAUAAGUGAGGGCAUGCCGGCUGUGCGACAGCGGUGGCAAUCGACAAUUCGGAGAGCACCUAUCGACAGAUUACGUUACCUACUUCAGCUCUGAAAUAUCACACCAGUAAACAGCACACAAUCAAACAUAUAAAAUAUGAAAGCUACGCCCGGAACGCUCGCAAUGAAUUGCGCUGAAAAAAACACAAGCUCGUAUAGCACAUUGACUAGAUACGCCCCCCCCCCCCCCCCUGCCUUCAUGGCACUCGACCAAAAAUUGAGGCAAUCAACUAUUUAGCCGGAUGAAAGAUAAAUCGUAAAGUAAACUCAUGGUUAAGUUUGACAUAUAUAAAAUUACAACUACAAUUUGAAAAAAAUCAUUGAGUUAGUAGUUCUCGUUGUUUGGCCUCUCCUCACCUAGUCGCGCUUUAAUUGCCGUAGGGCGUUGAUGCUUAUGGCAAUUGGUUUUCGAAACUUUCUAAAUUUUAUGACCCAUAUAAUUUGACCAUGGUUUGGUUUUGUAGCCACCACCAGUGAUGUAAUCCUUAAGCGACGCUGCAGUUCUGCUCUCGCUUAUCAGAGUCAUCUGAGGUUAAGGCUGGUAUGAGUUGGUUCACAUACACAGUAUUUACAGCUUUCAUUAGACCAGUAUUAGAAUAUGGAGCUGCAGUGUGAGAUCCCUUUACUGACUCCAAUAAUAAAAAAUUAGAAAUGGUCCAAAGAAAAUUUGUCCUAUUUGUGCUUAAUUGUUAUAGUUGGCGUACUUCCCCUUCACUUCUACUAAUUAAAGCGGAUCUCGAAAAACUAGCGGAGAGAAGAAGAAUGGAGAGGCUCAAGCUUUUUUACCUCAUUUUCCACAACAAAAUUGGUAUCAACAAACAGUGCACACUAGACAAAUAAGUGAAUAUGCUGUGCGCUCACAUCAUUCAAAGAAAGCUUUAGAUUACGUAAACCGCACAGACACAUUCAGGUAUUCAUUUUUUCUAAGAACUACCCGUGAGGGGAAUAGCCUAUCACCCGAUGCUGUACAGUGUCGAACAGUUGAUUUAUUUCUACAUGCUCUAAAUAACCACUAACAGUUUUUUUUGUACAGUCAUGCAGCCCAGAGUUACGCAAUGCUUCCAUUUUUUAGUACGUUUCAGUCAGCAAAGCUAUGCCUUUGUUGUAUUGUUUUUCUUUAGUUUUUUGUAAAUUAACACAGAAGUGUCGAAUUGUAAACACUGUCAGUAUGCUGUGUGAUGUCAAUUAUGUUUUUUGCAGUAAACAUUUGUGUAUGCUCAUUCCUGCUUAAGACCUGGUAAACAGGUCAGCAGUAUGUAAUAAGUAAAUAAACUAAUUAAUUAAAUAAUUAAACGUAACGCGAAAAGGCCUAUUGGCGAAGAGAUCUAUUGCCUCUACGUGCUUUAUUAUUGGCCUGACGAAAUUAUAUUGCACUUAAUUUCAGAGAGCUUUAGUAAACAGCCAGAACGCUCUAAAAAACUCCUGACAGCAAAAGUUUCGUUUGCGACUUUUUUACCGUAAUUUGUCGCUUUGUGUCUGGUAAUGCCGAAACUGAAUCGUAAAUAGCGUAAGGCAUCAUAUAUUUGAUCCUAGCAUCGUUAGUUCAAAACGCCCACUUCUAUAGCAUAAGAAAGUAGUGCAAUGUGCGUGCCUCGCAAGUGUUCUCUGACAAGGACAAUACCUUCUUGACCUCUGCAACGUCUCGAGGGGCCCUCAGUCUGCGUCAAACCAUACAUGUCGAUUCCACCAGAAUACUCGGACGAGAACGCACCCUUUCCAUAAAACCAAAUGAAAAUAUAGGUAACAUUCGUCCCCACUAAUUGGUUAGGAGAAACCAUGCAGCACUCUCAAACAUCUCGAGUUUCCGAAAUUGGUGUUGGGUUAUCCGCCAUAUCAGCUAAUUUCUGCCGCACAAUCUUUUCUUAAAACGCAAAUAACCAGGACAAGCAAUUAGUAUCAGAUUGCAACUAAAAUCAACGUUUUGCUGUGAUGUCUGCUUUGGAUAACGCAUAACUCGAGGAACUUAGGGAAGCAUGUCAACAUCAGAGUGCUAUUCUCUGUGCCGAAAAAAAAGCUGUAAACAAACCAGCAAGCAACUAGCAGCUCUGCGCAAUAAAUUAUAUACCGCAGAAUGCACAAAAAAUGUAGUGUGUUCGAUUCCGUUCUCUUCUGGAAAGAGAUACGUAUAGUCCUAACGAGAAGGUGCCUAAAUAAAAGUUUCAAGAAGCAUGAGCAUAACGUCAUAAAAGGAAUUAGCCACAAUUUCAUUGUACGACUUGUGGCUGCACACCAAAGUUUCGCCACUCAAAAAGGUCCUUGCCAGACACAAAGAAAAAAAAAACAAUAGAUAUAAAAAUAUUUGAAGCAGACGAGGUCACAUGAAGUUAUCGUUGUGCGCGAGAGUGGGUGCCAAGAGUCAUCGGGGUCUAGCAAUUCAACCAGACGCUUUGUGUUGAUUGAUGCGAAAGCGACAUUGCUUUUGUACGAAUUUCUUUUUUCCUUUCGGCGCUUUCUAAAACUAGAAAUAAACGCUCCUUACCUUUCCUCCUUUUUUUUAAGUUAUUAGGCUAACCGUUGUUGUGAUUACAAAUACGUAUAGCUGAUUCCCAUCUGAGGGCCACUGCCUUCUUCUGUGUCUCUUUGUCAAAGUGUUUUUUUUAUUUACUACCCCAAAACGUCAGCAAAUUACGAUGCAGCCUUGAAGGUUGCACCUGUCUAUUCUUUAGCAGCUAGAAACUUUUCGCGUUCAAUUUUCAUGCACUCCAACCACCCGCGAAGUCUACGCUUAACGUAGGAAUUCCAUGGAAGAAGGCGAUUUGUCGGAGAACAGGUGCGCGCAAAUCGUCAGUUUACAGGAAGCGCCAAAGUAUGGAUGCAACCACUCGAAAUCAGCAAAACUCUGACAUUGCGGACACUCUGAAACCAACAAUGCCAGUAUCUUGCGUGACAGGAAGGAGUCAGGAGAGAACAAACACGUGCGAAGGAGGGUCAUCCAAGCACUAAGCUCGGCUAUGUGUACGGGUAUACGUGGGUUGUGUGUAUCAUAUCUUUAAAAUAAAAGCAAAGUGUGGCACAGUUAGGUGUGAGAGACUUGUCCUUUCGUCCGAAGUGUGAAGACUGGAGAGCAUGUAGAGCUUGGAUUCGACGGAGGAGUUUAACUGAGUUGUAGUGACGCACACCCCUGUCGUCAGUAGUGUGGGAAGGGGGCCGCGGCCGCAAUAAAUAUUGGUUACGAAUUGCUGGGCGAAGACGGCAUUCGUUUAACUAGAAGCGUCGUUCGUGCCUAAGGCGCGCAAGCAGGGACCUAGUGUUGUCCCGUGUUCAUUAUAUUAGCACGCUUGUUUAUUGAGCGCUAAUAAGUUAGUGUGCCUAAAACAGCGUCAUUAUAGCAGAACGUCCUCAUUUCAACAACUACGGGUUUAUUAUAUGUUAUCAUUACAAUCAUACGUGUUUACCUUGCGGGGGACCUAACGUGUGUCGGGGUAUGCAUCCGCGUCGGCACGCAUUUUUAAACAUGCCUUGAUACUCGAGGUUUUGCGUGUUGCAGUAUGUCGCUUUGUAUUGCGUAACGCUCGCAAGGCUUGAACUUAUGUCAAAAUAGUCAUUGAAAUUCUAGCUAUUUUUUUCAUUUGCCAGCAACGUCAGUUGACCAAUGCGGCCCACACUCUUGCAUAUUGAGGAGUUCGUUAAAUUCUAACUGCAUUCGAACCAAUCCAUGUCUGUUCAUGGCCGAAACCAACGUCAAUAUCGAGCGUGACAGGAAGAAGCUAGUAGAAAACAAACGCGUGAAAACAAGGGUCAUUCAAGGCACUAAUUUAGCAUAAGCUCGCAAAAUCAGAAGUUCGAAACCGCACAGGUGGUUUGUUUUCUUUUAUAGAAGGGAAUUUAUAUUUCAAGACAAUUAGAAAAGAAGAUAUGGCGAGCUACGAGCCAGGUGAGGUUGGUAACAUAUAGGCGGUCAGGUGGUCUUCUACAUUGCCAGUAAAGCGCAACAGAACAUCUACAUAGAGAUAGCUUGGCAGCCAAACAUGCCAUGACGAAAUUCGGUUGGGAUAGAGAUGUCGAACCAUUCCAAACUGUAUAUCUACCUAAAUGCGUAAGGACAGAAUUGAUGAAAAAGAACAAUAAAAAAGAAGAAAAAAGAGCUCUGACGGUUGGCUUCACUGGCGACCAGCUCCCAGUAAUGCACUGCCUCACCAGAAGCAGGAUUGGCCACUCUGCUGCAGCAGCUAAUCACAACCUCCCAUGAAUACAGCAAUUAACCCUUGGCACUUGGUCCCCAGCGCCUUAGAAGCAACUGCCCAAGGUGACGGUCAGAUCAGGCGGAGUGUGCUAAGAAUCUCUGGGUCCGAAGAGGCCGCUAUUGGUAUCUGAACUAUAGUACCUUGAACGCUAAACCGAUAUCUAGUGAGAGAAUAGUCUAGCUUUGCUACUCGAGGAAUUAGAGAGUGUUUAACGACAAAAAAGAGCUUGGAGCUUUCAAAAUUAUUCAGUAGGCUUAAAGUAGCGGACAUCAGGAGGUAUAACAUGGAAAGAAUUGAUCAGGCUAUUAAAAACGGCACAAACCUAAAAGCUGCGAAGCAAGACUUGGGCUUAGACAAAAAUCAGAUGUGUGCAUUGAGAAACAAGGAAGGCAGUGUCAUAACCAAUAUGAAUAGGAUAGUCGAGAUGUCGGAGGAGUUCUACAGGGAGCUGUACAGAAGUCAAAAAAAAACUUUAAUGGUCCAGGAAAAUUACGAGAAUGUGCUUGACUCAGUCGAGAAAUCAGCAGUAAUGCAGGCACUAUGGAAUCAGGGCAUCGAAUAACCCUACAUAAACAUACUGGAAGAAAUCUACAGAGGAUCCACAGCCACCAUAAAUAGUUAUCCGUAAAGGAGGUGACCGAAUCCCAAUAAAGAAGGGUGUAAGGCAGGAAGACAGGAUCUCUCUAGUGCUAUCCACCAUGGGUUUAAAGAAGGUAUUCAGGACCCGAGACUGGGAAGAGUUAGGGAUAAGUGUUAGUGGAUGAUACCUUAGUAACCUGCAAUUAGCUGAAGACAUUGCCUUCAUGAGUAACUCAGGGGACGAACUGCAGUUCAUGAUUACUGAACACGGAGAGCAGAAAAGUAGGUGUGAAAAUAUUAUGCACAAAACUAAAGUGUUAGGCAACAAUCUCAGCAGAAAACAGCCCUUUCUGGUACGUGAAGAAACGCUGCAAAUUUCAAAGGAAUAUGUCUACUGGGGACAGGUAGUAACCGUGAAGCCGAAUCUAUAGAGUGAAAUAAAUAGGAGAAUAAGGAUGGAGUGGAUCACUUUCAGCCAGCAUUUUCAAAUUAUAAAUGGUAAUCUGCCACUAACCCUCAAGGGGAAGGUAUAUAACAGCUGCACCUUACCAAUACUUACCUACGCAGCAGAAACCUGGAGGCUUACAAAGAGGGUUCCGCUCAAAUUGAGGACGAUGCAGGGAGCGAUGGAACGGAAAAUGAUUGGUGUAACCUUAAGAGACAAAAAAAAAGAUCAAAGUGGGUCAGGGAAUAAACCGGGGUGAAACAUAUUAUAGCUUAAAUCAAGAAAAUGAAUUGAACAUGAACCGGACACGUAGCGCGUUGGUAGGAUAACCGGUGGUCAUUAGGGGAACUGAAUGGAUUCCCAAAGAAGGCAAACGUACGAAGGGAAGACAGAAAGAUCGGUGGGCUGAUGAGAUCUAAAAGUUUGCGGGUAUAACGUGGCAACUGAAAGCACAAGACCAGAUUGAUUGGCGGCUCAUGAAAGAGGUCUUUACCCUGCAGUAGGCGUGGUCCGGCUGAUGAUGAUAACAAAUCAGACUAAAUCGCAUGCCUCAAAAAUAAAUGUGCUGGUAGAUAAACCCUCCCAAUAGAGAAAAUGAUAUUAUAUCUUUGAAAUUAACACGCGUGUUGUGACACAAUGGUUACGUUGACGUCAGACAGACAUUUUCAUAAUGUAGUAGUCACGUCUGAUUUGGCCGACUUGGCAUAAAUGUGUUUGUGUUCCAAAAUAAAGAUCAGUCCUAAGACAGUG